AUGCAGGACGAGAUAGAACUGAAGAGUGAGAGCUUUGUGCGUUCAGGGCCAGCAGGGAAUGGGAAUGGUGCCUAUGAGAGCGUGACAUCGGGCCAGAAACAACAACUGGAGAGAUAUCUCAACUUCUUCUCAUCUGUCGCAUUCUCCGCGUGCCUGCUUGCCACAUGGGAAUCUGCUGGUGGUAGUUUGCUCUCGGGGCUGUACAAUGGCGGCCCUGCAGCGAUUGUUUAUGGGAUUAUCUUGAGCACCUUGGGUAAUCUGGCUAUCGCAUGCUCCUUAGCCGAGCUGGCCUCUCUACACCCAACUGCAGGUGCUCAAUAUCACUGGAGCUAUUUCCUCGCGCCUCGUGGUCGUCGAUUCAUCAGUUUCUUCCAGGGUUGGGUCACUGUCUUCUCCUGGUCCGCUCUCGUUUGCAUCGCGCCAUACUUCAUCGGAACCCAAAUCCAGGGUAUGGUUGUGCUGGCGCACCCUGAAUAUGAGCUUGUGAAGUGGCGCGGUACGCUGCUCAUGUGGGCAGUCGCAAUCAUCCCGGUCAUCAUUAACGUAUUUGCGCGUCGCGUUCUGGGAGCCAUCGAGGUUGCGGCAGGUAUCAUGCAUGUCGUCUUCCUGCCCGUCACCAUCGCCGUCUUCGUUAUCCUUGCCCCUCGGAAUCCCGACUCGUUUGUCUGGGACACCUUUGUCGGCGGCUUGAGUGGCUGGAAGGAUUCCGGAGUUGUAUUCUCCGUCGGUCUUCUUGGUGUCAUUACUCCCCUGGCUGGCGUCGAUGGCAUCAUCCACAUGGCCGAAGAAAUCAAAAACGCCAAAGUUGUCGUCCCCCGCUCCAUGAUUUACGGCACCUUAAUCAACGGAACUCUCGCAUUCUGCUACCUGAUCGCGAUCCUCUACUGCAUGGGCGACUACACCGAAGCCCUCACCAGCCCAACAGGCUACCCCAUCAUCACAAUUGCCUACCAAGCAACCGGAUCCAAGGCAGCCACCUUCGUCCUUAUGGCACUAGGUAUGCUCCCCGGCUGGAUCGCCCUCUUCAACGGCCUCGCCUCCGUCACUCGUCUCACCUGGGCUUUCGCUCGAGACAACGGACUCCCCUUCUCUGAGUUCUUUGCCCGCGUCGACCCAACCUACAAGAUCCCCCUCCGUGCUUUGCUCCUAGUUGCAUCAUGCAUCUUCGUGCUCUCGUUCAUCCAGAUCGGGUCUACGGCUGCGUUCAACGCUAUUCUUUCGCUCAGCACGCUCGGUCUCUAUAUUUCCUAUCUUAUCCCUCUCAUCCUCCUUGUCUUGAAGCGCUUCACGGCGCCCCAGGAUAUCCCGCAGGGAACAUUCAGUCUGGGGAAACUCGGCCUCCCCAUGAAUCUUAUUGCCAUUCUCUUCGCUACCUAUUUCGUUAUCUUCCUUCCCUUCCCCGCGACAGUGCCGGUUACCGCGGAUAACAUGAACUAUGCCGGGCCUGUCCUUGGGUUUGUUAUGUUGUUUGCCUGUGGGGAUUGGGUUGUUCGCGGAAGGCAUAAGUGGCAAGGCCCAACAAUGAGGCCUUAUGCUAGAAACGAGUGA